GUAGAUUUAGAACAAAGUACUACUACAACUUACAAGGCAAGGUUAUUAUGAAGAUAGCAUGAAGUUGGAAGAUUUUUAUGUUUGUGAAGAAUUCGGUUUUAUGCUACCUGAUCCACUUUGUACCUUACCAGACUAUUUUGGACAAUGGAAUUAUCUAGCAGAAAAUCUGACAAGUUUGAUACUACAGAAAAGGAUAAGGGAAGAAGUUGACAAGAUGCCAGUUUUGGAUCACAAUAAGUUGAAAGGCUACAGACAGUUAAGAUUGGCACACCUUCAGUUAUCUAUGAUAUCAUCAGGAUAUAUAUGGCAGGAUGGAGACAAAGGCGUUCCUAAGGUAUUACCAGAAUGUCUUGCAGUGCCAUGGUAUAAAGUAUCAGAGAAGAUUGGUAUCAAACCUGUUGUUUGUCAUCCAGAUAUUGUACUGUGUAACUGGACACUUUUAGAUCCACAGAGACCACGGACAUUAGAAAACCUGCGAUGUUUAUAUGCUUUUCCUGGAGGAAUGGAUACUAAUUGGUUUUGCAUGGUAACAGCUCGUAUGGAAUUUGAUUUUGCACCUGCUACAAAGUAUAUAAUUGAUGCUAUUCAAGCUGCAGAUACAGAAGAUACAGAAACAUUAAUUCAAAAUUUGAUAUCAAUCCAACAAGUAAUUUUACAGAUGAAAGAAACUCUCAAGAACAUGCAUGAAUUGGUGUCUGCAGAAAUUUUCUAUGACACACUACGUCCUUUUCUUUCUGGGUGGGGAGGAGAAGGAUCACCAUAUCCUGAAGGCUUGAUUUAUGAAGGUAUAUCUGAAGAACCUAUUCAGAUGUCUGGGGGUAGUGCAGCACAGAGUUCAACAUUACAGUGCUUAGAUGCAGCAUUUGGUGUACAGCAUGAAACAAGUAUACAGAAAUUUCUUUUAAAGAUGAGGGACCACAUGCCAAAUGCUCACAAAAAGUUUAUAGAAACCAUAUCUGAAAAAUCUAAUAUUAGAACUUACGUUUUGAAAUCAGAUGACGAAAGCCUCAAACAGUGUUUCAAUCAAGUUCUGGAGGCAAUGAUUGAUUUCAGAAGCUAUCAUUUGCAAGUAGUGACAAAGUAUGUUGUUAUAAUGUCUAACAGACAGACCAGGAACCAGGAAUUUGAGUCUUUAUCUAAAAAGGGAACAGGUGGUACCAGUUUACUUCCAUUCUUAAAAAGCAUAAGACAGUCAACGACAGAAAAGCUAGUUGGACAAGGGAAUUGAAAUGUAACAAUUAUGCUCUAGAAUGUUUCAGUGACACAUUGUAUAACAAUUCUCAGAGAAUUAUCUUGACCGAGGACAAAUGUUAAAAACAUUCAAAAUUUGAUUCAAUAGAAUAUUAUCAGUAUUUUAUGAAUGAUUAAAGGGACCUAACCUGAGAUUAAUUUAAUUAUUAAAUUUAAACAAUCAAACCUGCUAUAAAGAUCACCUCUCUUAAGCAAAAACCUGUCUUGUCAGGCUCUUUUUAUCCUGCUGUAGUAUUGCAUAUGCAUUUUGAACCUCAUUUAAAAUGUCACAUGUCUUCUAAGGCCAGUAUUCUCUGGUCUUGAGGGCGACUCUUAUGUAUAGGUUUGACUGUAGUACAUGUUUUUGUUAGAGGCAUUAGUUUUAACUAUUUCUUUUAAUAUGAUCAUUUAAUGUUUUCCUUUCUUUUGAAAUUUAAUUUUAAAUGUAAAAGAAUGAACAGGUUGUAUUAAUUAACACACUUUUACAUUGUUUGAUAUAGAAUACAAAAGAUAAAAGAUGCAUGCUUUUGUUAACCUUGGUAGGCAACUAAAAUUAAGAAAUUUCCCCUAAAAACCAAGUUAAAGUACCUUGUACAUAUAUUUAUAGGGAACAUAAUAAACUUUUAUUGAAAUUCCUAGAAGAAUUCUACAAAGAUUGAUUGUUAUCCUAAUGUCAUGGGCAAAUUUUUUCAUGUAUAUUCACAAGAACUAAUUAACACAUCCAAUAAAUAUCUUUACUGAAGUGUGUAACCCAGGAUGAAGGGCAUGCAUUUUGUAUGUCAUUGGAAAAUAUGGGUAUUUUAAUAGGAGUAACAGGUUAGGUCACCUAAAGACCUGUCAAAGUUGUUGCAAGGGUUAUUUUAACAUGCAAAGAGUGUGGCACUCUUCCCUUCACAGGGCAUCAUACUUAAUAUCCCUAUUCCUAUGUGGCUGUUUUUUUUAUACAUCCCAAUCAAUAUCUAUCAAAAAUGGCUGUCCGAUGUAAGAGCAAUUUUGGUCUAAUUUAUACAUACUGCACAGCCAAAACAGACACCAUAUUUUAGAGAGUUACACUUCUGAAUAUGAAAAGUCCUUAAAUGACUAUUAUCAAAAAAAAGUUAUUUAAUCAUCCCCAAAUAGUCUUUUUUCUAGAAGGAUCUGCAAGCAAUCUUUUUAGAAUGUUUUAUUUUGAUAUGCACAUGAUAUUUUUGUAUAUUUUUACUAAUGAUACAUUGAACUUUAUGAUUGUUUAUUAAUAAGUAAUAUCUGUUUUUGUCUGUAUUGUAUAUGAGGGCCUCAGGGACGAUCAUUUGUUUUAACCAUGUUUUAAAUACCCUCUUGAAAUAAAGAAUAUAUAAUUAUCAUUA